CUUCUGGUGGAUUACACCUCUUGCUAUUUCAGGUUCUCUGUCCUAAUAGGAUUUGAGCGUUCAGGGUCCAGACCUGCAUCCUGCUGGUUCUGGAAGGAGGGCAGGAGGCGGCUCGCCCCCAAACCUGCACGGACUUCUGGUUCAUCCAACCGCAGUGGGAGGGGCUAAAAAGGAAUGAAACUUAGACUUUUGCAGGCAUUAAAGAAUAGACAGUUUUUAAUGAAAGAAAAUGCAAGUAUAUAUUUUUUAAAGAAAGAACGAUAUGGAAAACAUGCAUAAAUACUUAUUAAGUAAUGAAAAUGAAUUUAGUUGGAUUUUUUUAAACAAGCUUUAUUGAACAUUUUGAUGAACAGGAAUAUAGAUAAAUCAAUAGAAAAAAAGGAGUAUAGAACAAAAAUAAUGAUAAAGGCUACAAUAUGAAACAUAUCACAGACUGACAGUGUCUUUACAGCUUUUUGGUCAUUUAAAUAAACGAUACCAUUGAUGCAGAGUUUAAAUUCACACAUGAACGCAUCAAAACAUGGUUUUCUACCUGAGUAUUUACAUUUGUGGAUAUAGAAUUUUUCCAAAAUAAGAAUCAGUUUUGUUAUAAAAUCUUUUGAAAAAUCAAAUAAUUCCGAAAUAGGUUGAAGUAAACUUCUGAUUUUGAUGUAUCCAAUCCCAAAUGUCAAGACUCAUAAAGAAAUGACGGUUUGCUGACGUUUGGACUCGAAAUAAACAGAGCGCAGGUGUUGGCCGGUCACGCGCGUCUUAAGGGGGGAGCUCCUCUGUGAUUGGCUGAGAGCUUAAAGCCCAAAGUCCGCGCAGGUGUCUCAGGCUCCCGCGCGCCUCACCUUCAGUGACGGGGCGGAAGUGAAGCAACUGACAGAAUACAACAACCGGAUAAGCAGGAAGCUAAGAUGCCCAAAAGUGAUACCUGGCCAGGUGAGCCGGGUCCAGACACAAUGAAGGCUUCAGACAGCGCUGGCAGCUGCGACAGCUUCCUCAGUGGGAACUCCGGCCUCAGUUUGGAGCAUCUGUCUGCUGAAGAAAAGGCCUGUCUCAUGUUUCUGGAGGAAACCAUCGAGUCUCUGGACACAGAGGAGGACGGCAGGCUGUCCAGUGAGGAAUCCCACCAGCCGCCUGGAAACCGGGUCCAGAAACUCCCGGAUCCACCAGGUGCGCAGAAAGUCUCCAAAGACAAAGUCAAGAUAAACGUCGACAGAAAACCCACGAAGAACGUCAUGGUUCCGACUCCUUUAGUGGUGGCCCGCAGCAGUGCGGCUUCCGGUUCUGAAGACGUCCCGCCUUCAGGCAGAACUGUUUGUCGGUCUCAGUCUGAACGUGAAGCUUCUCAAAAUGACAAAAGGAAAUGUUCUGUGGUGUUGUCUGGAGACUCUUCCUCCAGGACGGCUGAAGGUCUUUUACCCAGAGGGCCUCUGUCCUACGACGCGCUCGUCCAUCUACGCAGGAACGCUUCCACCAAAAAGACCCCUCUAUGCCCUGCAGUCGAUCACACCAUAGACUUGGAACAGCGCUGCCCCAGCCCAGCAGAAGGUCCGCUUCUCAAGAACCAGCAGAAAUCCCACUCACGUCCCCCAGCUGUGGCCCCCAAACCCAAAAAGAUCCCCGCGCACAUCGCUCUAAAAACCCAAACCGAGGAACCCCAUGUCUUCCAGAACGCAGCUGAUCCUCAGGUGGUCAGGCUGGAGGCUCUGCAGAAACUCGGCCUCCUCAGGGACCAAGAGGACAGUGGAGCGGGGGAGACCCUGCCUGCCCCCAGACAUCAGCCGUCCCCGGAUCCGGCAUCUUCAGCAGAUUCAUCCAGGAGUCCACCGCUUUGUUCCUCCCAACUGCCCAAAGAAGCCAAGACUGAGCCUCCGCAGGUCAGAGUCCCCCCGAAAGCUGCUGCCGUGGAGGACUUCACAAACCAACACAACCACAGAAACAACGCACACCGCCCCAAACCCCGGCACAAAAGAGCCCCCGCAGCGCCGAACGCAGCUCCGGGGAAACCCGCAGACUCUGUGGGAUACACCGUCAUGGUGGUGCCGGGGAUGGGAGCCGACCGCAAGGAGGCACUCAGGAAGCUGGGUCUGCUCAAAAACUGAAGGAGACGUCCUGCCCCGAAACCCACGAAGAAAAGGAAGCCGUCACCAACCCGUACGAGGCUUCAAGUAUUUAUUUUUAUGUCACUGAAUCUGUUUAUCUUCAUCUAAACGGCAGUUCAGUCCAUGUUUGAUAUAAUCUCACAGGACAGAAAGCCGACGUCUUAAAAUCUGAAUGUGCCCAAACUGACGGAAUUAUUACCGAAUCACUCAUGUGCCUGUAAGACAAAACGCUGGGUAAAAUAAAAAGAAAGUGGAGUUUAA